AGGGACGCCCGCUGAGCAGCGCUGCGAAACAACCAUAGACCAUAGAAACAACCGAAGUACAAGAGGCAAAACAACAGCCCAUACCACCACACAUCGAUAGAAUUAUGUGGUAGUUUUCGAGCUAGCUAUUUACUACAACUGAGAUAGAGGGAAUAUCUAGGUUUGAAUCACCUACGUCACUUUCACAAUAGGUACAGUGAGGGUGAGCUGUCAGGAUGUAUGCUGUUUACCGGCAAGCCCACACUCCCACUGCAAUAGAGUUCUCCGUCUACUGCAACUUUAUAUCCAACGAGGAGGAAAAUUUGGUGGUUGCAGGAACUUCUCAGCUCUAUGUCUACAGAAUAAUUCAUGAUGUGGAGAACUCUUCAAAGACUGAAAAGUCAGCAGAUUCCAAGUCUCGCAAGGAGAAGUUGGAACAAGUUGCCUCCUUCUCCUUAUUUGGCAAUGUCAUGUCCAUGGCCAGUGUGCAGCUAGUAGGGGCAAACAGGGACGCCCUUCUGCUCAGCUUUAAAGAUGCUAAGCUGUCAGUUGUGGAGUAUGAUCCAGGGACACACGAUUUGAAAUCUCUCUCUCUGCACUUCUUUGAGGAACCAGAGCUCAGGGAUGGGUUCGUCCAGAAUGUCCAUAUUCCCAUUGUUCGUGUGGAUCCAGAAAAUCGUUGUGCUGUAAUGCUGGUUUACGGCACCCAACUUGUUGUGCUUCCAUUCAGAAAAGACACCCUAACAGACGAGCAAGAAGGGAUGGUGGGAGAAAGGCCAAAGUCGAGUUUUAUGCCGAGCUACAUCAUUGACGUUCGCGAGCUGGACGAGAAACUACUGAACAUCAUUGACAUGAAGUUCCUCCAUGGCUACUACGAGCCCACGUUGCUCAUUCUGUAUGAGCCCAACCAGACAUGGCCUGGGCGUGUGGCCGUGAGACAGGACACGUGCAGCAUAGUGGCCAUCUCCCUCAACAUCAUGCAGAAGGUGCACCCCGUCAUAUGGUCCCUUAGCAACCUGCCCUACGACUGCACCCAGGUCAUGGCUGUGCCCAAGCCCAUCGGUGGCGUUGUGGUGUUUGCUGUCAAUUCAUUGCUCUACCUCAACCAGAGUGUUCCUCCCUAUGGGGUGGCGCUCAACAGUCAAACAAAUGGGACCACCGCCUUCCCCUUGAGGGUACAGGAUGAAGUGAAAAUCUCUCUAGAUUGCUCCCAGUCCGCUUUCAUCGGAUCCGACAAGAUGGUCAUCUCUUUGAAAGGUGGAGAGAUCUACGUGUUGACCCUGAUAACCGACGGCAUGAGGAGCGUGCGGGCCUUCCACUUUGACAAGGCUGCUGCCAGUGUCCUGACUACCUGUAUGACGACCAUGGAGCCUGGCUACCUGUUCUUAGGCUCCAGGCUAGGAAACUCCCUGCUCCUGAAAUACACCGAGAAGCUGCAGGAGACCCCGCCAGAGGAGGGAAGGGACAAGGAGAGAGAGAAAGACAGGGAGAAAGAGAAGCCGGAGGAACCGCCCAGUAAAAAGAAACGAAUUGAUUCCUCCACAAACUGGACGGCUGGCAAGGGCCCAGACGAGGUGGAUGAGAUUGAGGUGUACGGCAGUGAGGCCCAGUCAGGCACUCAGCUGGCCACCUAUUCCUUUGAGGUGUGCGAUAGCAUACUAAACAUCGGCCCUUGUGCCAACGCCUCCAUGGGGGAGCCUGCCUUCCUGUCUGAAGAGUUCCAGACCAACCCCGAGCCUGACUUGGAGGUGGUGGUGUGCUCUGGGUUUGGGAAGAAUGGCGCGCUGUCUGUACUUCAGAGGAGCAUCAGGCCCCAGGUUGUGACCACCUUUGAGCUGCCAGGUUGCCAUGACAUGUGGACUGUCAUCUCCCCUGAAGUGAAGGAGGACAAGCCACCCAAAGAAGCCAAGGGGGACGGUGAGGGCGAAGCCGCUGAAGAAGGGAAGGAGGAGAAAGAAGAAGAAGAGGAGGAAGAGGAGGAGGAGAAGCCAGAGCCCGUGGGGGAGGAUGACAAGAAGAAGCAUGGCUUCCUGAUUCUGAGCAGAGAGGACUCUACCAUGAUCCUCCAAACCGGCCAGGAGAUCAUGGAGCUGGACACCAGCGGCUUCGCCACGCAGGGACCCACCGUGUUCGCGGGCAACAUCGGCGACAACAAAUACAUCAUCCAGGUCUCCCCGAUGGGCAUCCGACUGCUGGAAGGAGUGACGCAGCUCCACUUCAUCCCCGUGGACCUGGGCUCUCCCAUAGUGCAGUGCUCCGUGGCCGACCCGUACGUGGUCAUCAUGACCGCGGAGGGAGUCGUCACCAUGUUUGUGCUGAAGAGUGACUCCUACAUGGGCAAGACUCAUCGACUGGCCCUUCAGAAACCGCAGAUUCCCACGCAAUCCCGGGUGAUCACGCUGUGCGCGUACCGUGACGUGAGCGGCAUGUUCACCACGGAAAACAAGGUGACCUGCUCCACAAAGGAGGAAGCCAUGGCCAGGAGCCAAUCAGAGACGGAGACCGAGACCAUCAUCCAGGACCUGGGGAACAUGCUGGAUGAUGAAGAGGAGAUGCUGUAUGGGGACUCCAACCCUGACGCCAACUCAUCCAGGGACGAAGCCAACCGAGGCUUCUGGGCCGGAGGCUUCCCCGGCAUGGAGGGGGGCUCGGGGAAGGCAGAGCCAACUCACUGGUGCAUGAUGGUCAGGGAGAAUGGUGUCAUGGAGAUCUACCAGCUCCCUGAUUGGCGAUUGGUCUUCCUGGUGAAGAACUUCCCAGUUGGCCAGAGAGUAUUGGUUGACAGCUCAGCUGGCCAAUCGGCAACUCAGGGGGAGGGUAAAAAAGAAGAAGUGACACGACAGGGAGAGAUCCCAUUGGUCAAAGAGGUGGCCCUGGUAUCGCUCGGCAACAAUCGCUGCCGGCCAUAUCUGUUGGUCCACGUUGAACAGGAGCUCCUGAUCUAUGAGGCCUUCCCAUACGACCAGCAGGCUCAAAGCAACCUGAAAGUGCGCUUCAAGAAGAUGCCGCACAACAUCAACUACCGGGAGAAGAAGUCGAAGCUAAAGAAAGACAAAAAGACCGAGGGGGGUCCAGGGGAAGAAGGGUCGGUGGUUAAAGGGCGGGUUGCCCGUUUCAGAUACUUUGAGGACAUCUCUGGGUACUCAGGGGUGUUUAUUUGCGGACCCUCUCCUCAUUGGAUGCUGGUGACCUCCAGGGGAGCCAUGAGGCUGCACCCGAUGACCAUCGACGGCCCAAUCGAGUCGUUUUCCCCCUUCCACAACAUCAACUGCCCCAAAGGCUUCCUCUACUUCAACAAGCAGGGGGAGCUGAGGAUCAGUGUUCUGCCCACCUACCUGUCGUACGACGCUCCCUGGCCCGUCCGAAAGAUCCCUCUGAGGUGCACGGCUCAUUACGUCUCCUACCAUGUAGAGUCCAAGGUCUACGCUGUGUGCACCAGCGUCAAGGAACUCUGCACUCGCAUUCCCAGGAUGACCGGAGAGGAGAAGGAAUUUGAGAACAUCGAAAGAGAUGAGCGCUACAUCAACCCCCAGCAGGACAAGUUCUCCAUCCAGCUCAUCUCCCCUGUCAGCUGGGAGACCAUUCCCAACACACGGAUUGACCUGGAGGAGUGGGAACACGUAACAUGUAUGAAGACCGUAGCGUUAAAGAGCCAGGAGACCGUGUCGGGGCUGAAGGGCUACGUGGCAGCAGGAACGUGUCUGAUGCAGGGGGAGGAGGUCACCUGUAGAGGCAGAAUCCUGAUCCUGGAUGUGAUUGAGGUGGUGCCAGAGCCGGGACAGCCUCUCACCAAGAACAAGUUUAAGGUGUUGUAUGAGAAGGAGCAGAAGGGGCCCGUCACCGCCCUGUGUCACUGCAGCGGGUUCCUGGUGUCUGCCAUCGGACAGAAGAUCUUUCUGUGGAGCCUCAAGGACAAUGACCUGACGGGCAUGGCCUUCAUCGAUACGCAGCUCCACAUCCACAGCAUGUACAGCAUCAAGAACUUCAUCCUGGCCGCGGACCUGAUGAAGAGCAUCUCCCUGCUGCGCUACCAGCCCGAGAGCAAGACCCUGUCCCUCGUCAGCAGGGAUGCAAAGCCUUUGGAGGUGUACAGCGUUGAGUUCAUGGUGGAUAACAACCAGCUUGGAUUCCUGGUGUCUGACCGAGACAAGAACCUGUCCGUUUACAUGUACUUACCAGAAGCCAAGGAGAGUUUUGGGGGCAUGAGGCUCCUGCGGCGGGCCGACUUCAACGUUGGAGCCCACGUCAACGCCUUCUGGAGGAUGCCCUGCAGAGGGGCGCUGGACAAGAAGUCCCUGACCUGGGAUAACAAGCACAUCACCUGGUUUGCUACUUUGGAUGGAGGCAUCGGGUUGCUUCUACCCAUGCAGGAGAAGACUUACCGUCGACUGCUCAUGUUGCAGAACGCUCUCAACACCAUGUUGCCUCACCAUGCCGGCUUGAACCCCAAGUCUUUCAGGAUGACGCACACUGACAGACGCACUCUGCAGAACGCGGUGCGGAACAUUCUGGAUGGAGAGCUCCUCAACAAGUAUCUGUACCUGAGCACCAUGGAGCGCAGUGAGCUGGCCAAGAAGAUCGGUACCACAUCUGACAUAAUCUUGGAUGAUCUUCUGGACGUUGACAGGGUGACCGCUCACUUCUGAGAGCAGGAUUCUCUCGCUGUACCAUCCCUCUGCUUCAAUACUCCUCAGCGGGUGGCAGUCACUCAUCUUUUUUAUACAGUUAGACUAAAAAGAAUAAUUUGGUAACACAUUGUUGUAUACAAAAAAGAGAUCUCAGUUGUUUUGCUAUUUGUGUUUGACAAGAUAUGAAAUUCAUCAUGUUUCAUAGAAUAUUUUCUAAACAAAAAUGAUUAUUAAAUCAUUUAAAAAGUG